AUGACAGCAAUAUCGGAGGGAUUUGUAGACGACAACCCAUCAAUCUCAUCCUUGAUGAGAUACAAGGACUCCCUGUACAUCCUAGAUGGUGUCCGUGUGGUGGUGCCAUCGUCCCUUCGACCGUCGAUCCUUGAGGGACUGCAUUCAGCACAUCAGGGCGUAUCAGCAAUGGAACUACGGGCCCAAGCCAUCGUCUUCUGGCCGGGUAUCACCAACGACAUCCAAUCCACAAGGACAAAAUGUCGUGAGUGCAAUCGGAAUGCUCCAUCCCAGGCUCCACUGCCGACUGAACCAGCAUUCCCGCCAUGCACCCCUUUCGAAAAAAUCUUCACUGACUUCUUCGAGUUCAGUGGCCACCACAACCUCAUUGUUGGUGACCGUCUUUCCGGAUGGUCAGAAAUAUUUUCUACACCCUCAGGAAGCCCUCACUCAGGGGCCCGAGGCCUGAUAGCAUGUCUCAGAUCGUUCUUCACCUCCUUCGGCGUCCCUGAGGAGCUCUCCAGUGACAGGGGCCCUGAGUUCACAGCAAGCGCUACCGGUGAAUUCCUUCAGCAUUGGGGAGUGAGGCAUCGCCUGUCCUCCGCGUACCAUCCCCAAUCUAAUGGCUGUGCCGAGGUUGCUGUGAAGAGUGCCAAGAGGCUUCUCCGAUGUAAUGUGGGCCCAACAGGGACAUUGAACAACGACCGCCAACUCCAUGCCAUGCUUCAGCUGCGCAAUACUCCCAAUCCCGACUGCAAUGUGUCACCAGCCCAGAUCAUCUUCGGAUGCCCCAUCCGUGAUGUCUUUUCCUUCACUAACAGAUUGGAAAAGUUCUCUAAUCCGUCCAUCAAUCCCCUAUGGCGAGAGGCCUGGGCAUUAAAAGAGGCUGCUCUCCGAACACGUUACACCAGGACGGCAGAGACAUUGAAUGAGCAUGUUAAAGCUCUCCCACCCCUGUCCCCAGGUGACAGAUGCUUCGAGCAAAACCAAACUGGGAAUGCGCCUAAAAAAUGGGACCGCACAGGGCUGGUGACGGAAGUGCUGGACCACAACCAGUACAUUGUCAAGAUUGAUGGCUCUGGACGCGUCACAAGACGCAACAGACGCUUUCUCAGAGCCUUCAAACCGGCAACAACUGCAACCGAACGAGCCCCUCCUAGGCCUCACCCACCAUUCAACAGACGGCACCAGAUCCCUCUCCAUAUAUCCCACCCCCCCAGCCCCAUCGCCACUCACGUUGCAUCCGAUGUGACACAAGAGGGCACCCCAUGCCCCCCUUCCGCACCCUUUCCUGAAACCGUUAUUCCAGAUCCCUCAUCGUCUUCUUCUACCAUGUCAGAAGCACCGACCACCCCUGUCGUGCCAGAAGUGACUACCCCCACCGGGCAAGAAGCAGCCCCUUCCAGAACCCACAGGGCCUUGCAACAUCUCAUGCCACACAAUAAGCCAGGACUCAAAGAGACUGUGACCCCUCAGCGGCGAAGAAAGCCUCUUGAGAGGCCAUGA